CGCCUUUCUUACGGGCAAAUUCAGCACACCUGUCUGUCUAGUGUAUUAGACUGGAAGGGGGGGGAAGCUCCUUAAAUGAAUUGCUCCGUUUCGGUAGUUUAAGAUUUGGUUCCCCCGGGUUGCAGAAGAACUGGAUUUUAUUUCCCUAAACCACAUUCCCACGACCCAUGGGUUUUGCUAUGAAGCAUCCUCUGGUGUUUUAAUAGGUGAUAUUCGAUGGAAAGGAGUCGAAUGCAAAGUCGAACUGUUCACAUUCCUAGUCGUAGUCUGUAAUCUACGCUAUAUACAUGGGCUGCAGAGCUCAGAACGGGGUGAUUUUCCACGGUUUUGUUUAUGAAACGCCACAAUAGAACAUUCAUUUACAUAAUUAAAAUAUUGAGCAUAUUUCAUGAUGCUUUAAAUGUUGCAAAGUGAAUUAAGUCCUUGGGACCAGGGGCGCAGAUGGCGGGGGACUCUGCUCCGUUCCACCCACUUUGGAAGGGAAAAAAACUUAAAUAAGUGUGGCAUUUAUAAAUUGGGUUGGAUUGCUAAAUGUUUGAACUCAUCAAACUGUCGACCAUCACGAACUACUCAUAGGACGUAGUUGCUGCAGGUGGGAGUCCCCUCACAGGCGCGCGCGAGAUCCCUGUGCUACACCUACUGUUUCCCUUUAUCCCCUUUGUACUGUAGGUAUACAGUAAAACGCACGCACUCCUAUUAGUCUAUACAUAGCUUUAAGAUUUUCCAUUUCCACGAUGACCUACCGAUUUAACGAAGGAAAAGUAACUCGAACACUGAUGGCACUUUCUAAAACAUUUUUGAAAAACAUCUACACUGUAUAUCAGUAUUUGCAGAAUUUAUGCAUUGUGUUUAUGUUUCACCCAUGCGGGUUUUGGGCCCUGGGCAAUUUGUGGUGGAUGCAGUUUUUCUCACACAGAGUAAAGCGGUAUGCAACACAGAAAAACAAAUUGGAAUAAACCAAAAACAUAUCAUAGUGUUCUUUCAAAUAGCAAGCGGUGUAAGUAGACUUAAUAUCUAUACCAAGCCUAUGUUGGAUGCUGUUGUUAACCUACUUUUCAUCUCAGGCUAAUUCAUAUUGUUACAGCAAAGCUAACGAUUUCAUCUAAAUCUUACGUAACAUGAAAUUAUGUCUAUUAGAAUAAAGCAGUAAACCUAUGAACGCAUCUAAUAUGUAACAUUACAUAUGCUGGGGCUCAGUACACAAACUUAAAUCUGCAGCACAUUGUAGAGACGGUUGUUUGCUGUUUAGGCUGCUGUCCAUUUGUGGCUGACUGGCAAAUCCACACCAGACAGGACAUUAACAGUGUAUGUAUGUCGGCCAGUGUCAAUCAAAAUGUUUAGUGUAUCGAACCGUUAGCCCAAAUCUCGUCGAUUGCCUCAUGAAGCACGCCUGGGUAAGUUUAGAAGUUGAGACCUUUUGCUUCCUGUUCCCAAAUCUCUCCCUCCACUUCACCUGCCGGGGAAAAUUUCUGUAUAGCGUGAGAUGAGCGGGAUCUAAAAAUAUACUUCAGUAGAAGUGGAAAUCAAAUAUAUUUUAAUAUUUACAAUGAACCUGUUGAACAAAAACAACUCAAAGUCAAUGCCCUCAUGCUGAAAGCUGUUAAAAAUCCAUUAUUAUUUUUUUUUUGCCAAAAAAUCCAUUAAAUACUUGUAGCACUUGCCCUUACUUAUAACGAAAAAUACUUUUGAAUGGUUUUCGUGGCAGUGUAUUGAAAUAAGGGCCUUUUGAACAUGGCUUGAAAUGCAUUAUGGAUAAAUGCCAGCGAACGUGUACACAGUGGCUGCUUCCACCUAUGAGAAUUUGCGCGUUGACUUCAUUUUAAGUCACGCUAGUCACUUUUUUUUUAUCCUCGUCGUGUUGGUUCUCUGCGAAACCCCCAGGGGGCGCUGUUAGUUUACUUAUGCGAGCGGUCCCAGCGUUGUAACUUAAAAUCGAUGUGAACACCCAGGCAGCUAAAACGCGUGUUAAUCGCAUGCGCAUCUCCUGCUGUCCACUUCACAAGAGCGACACUUGGCUUGUGAUUUUAUCCCACUCGUACGUGGACGAGAUUGACGGCUUUGCCAAAUCAGUCAGUCGUGUCAUUUUCAAAAUUAACCCCCAUCUUCCGAUGCAGGCAUGUGGGUAGCAGCGGUGUUGAACCAAUGUCGAACCUCUACAAGUGCAGCUAAAUUUGGGGAUCAUACGUCGUGCCCAAAUCCGUUAUGCUCCUUAUAUCCCAUACACACAGCAUGACUUUUCAAAAAUACAAAACACCUUUAAAGGCAUUGUCAUGGGACUUAAAUGCUGUAAAAAUAGUCAAACCAUUUUUAAAUGUUACAUCCCCUGUAAUAUGAUCCUAUGUGAAAAAUGGCUGGCUUGGGACAUAGAUGGACUGCAUUAUAAAGGAAAAUUGUAAAGGAUUUACCUGCGUGAGCCGGGAGUUUACAGAUAGAUUUAUGCUUUGACUUUUCUGCUCUGCUAGUGUUUUAGCACCAGGGACAGUUAUUUUAAUGGAACUAAUUUUGCAAAGCUCUCACACAGUUGCAUUUAUUUAUUUAAAGGCUGCUUUUAUCCAACGCAGUAUGCAGCUGAACAUCAGAGAGCAGAGUCAGCCAAUCCCUGGGCCAAUUGGCGUUAAGGGCCUUGCUCAAGGGCGACACAGCGAUAAGGUCACUCUGCCAUCGGGUAUGAACCCAGAACCAUGUAGACAUGGGCACAGAGCUGCCCGCAGGUGAGAUGUGCGCAGGUGAGAUGUGCGCCAUCCAGGUCCUGAAGCAUUGUUCAGUGAACUUGUACACAAUGGAAACGCCACUUGCCGAUCAUUUUCAGGGGGCAUGAAAUUCUACUAUCUGUUACUGUCCAGUAUACAGUAGUUUGCUUAUGCUAGAUGAUGUUUUUUUGCUCUUAAAGGCAGGUUCCUCUUUUGGGUCUUUUGUAAUGAUCGAAAUGAUAAUCGCUCUAGAAGAGACUUUUGCAGUUUCAAGUGGGAUAUGAGUCUGUUGCAAGGCGCAUGUACACACACAGUCAGAGCCUUUAGGCAAUGUAGACCAUGCUAAUCAGCCUAACUGCAUGUCUUUGGGGCUGCAGGACGAAGCUGCAGGAGCCCUUUAGGCAUCUGAGGAAAUUGAGAUGUUGGUGAAACUUCUGGAUGUUGCAACCGAAGGGAACUGAAGUAACAUUGAGGUGGCGUCCACUGUAGACCCAUAGAAUGAAUGCAUAUAAAACACUUAACUCCGUGUCAGUGUUGUAUUCGGUCUCGGCAGAAUCACUGGGAAUCCUUUAUGAUCCAUCCUUUAGUGAAAGCUGCAGUCUUGCAAACGGUAUCUGUGGCAAUGUGAUGUGCUGAAUGUGAACAGUGAGCACAAAAGUGCAAAAUGUUAAGCUUUUAAUGGUCUCAACAGCAAGUAACCGGAAGAUAUUUCGGAAGAUUUUGUAAACCCGAACAUCUUCUCAUGAUUUUAUCUUUGCAUCCAAGAAGGCCAUCACAUGUUGGUGUCAGUAUAAAGGUCAUCGCUCUCAGAAAGUUCGCAUCCCUUGGAAGUGACUGCUGAUCCCAGACCAUGAAGGGACUCCUGGUCAUCGCCGCCUUCUUCAUUGUGGCCCAGAGCGCGAAGCUGUUUGCGGGAGACCAAGUACUCAGAAUCAAUGCAGAGUCGGAGGAGCAUAUUCACCUUCUACAGGCCCUGGAGAAGCAGGAAAGCAUUGAGCUGGACUUCUGGCUUUCUCCCGUCUCCUCUGAUCUGCCCAUUGACGUCCGAGUUCCUUUCGCCAGCCUGCCGGCAGUCAAAGUUUUCCUGGAAUCAAACAACAUCCCUCACUAUGUAAUGAUCAAAGACGUGCAGGAACUGCUGGAAGAGGAGAGAGCCAACAUGAAGGCCAGCAGAUUAAGGGAGAGCAGAGCUAAGAGUUUCGAUUUUGGGGCUUAUCACACACUGGACGAGAUCUACAGCUGGAUGGACAGCCUGGUCGCUGGCCAUCCUCGUCUAGUCACCAAGGUGCCAAUUGGGUACUCCUAUGAGAAACGCCCCAUGUAUGCUCUGAAGUUCAGUACGGGUGGAAGCAAGCGUCCGGCCAUCUGGAUCGACGCUGGGAUCCAUGCCAGGGAGUGGGUGUCCCCAGCCACAGCUGUCUGGACAGCCAAUAAGAUCGCAGCUGACUAUGGCCACGAUGCUUCAGUUACAUCCCUCUUGGACAGCAUGGACAUUUACCUGUUGAUUGUGACCAACCCUGAUGGCUACGUCUUCACUCACACCAACUUCCAGAACCGCAUGUGGCGUAAAACCCGCUCCGUGAUCCCUGGCUCUACGUGCCGUGGUGUAGACCCCAACCGCAACUGGGAUGCUGGUUUUGGAGGUCCUGGAGCCAGUGGAGAUCCCUGCUCGGAGUCCUACCACGGCCCGCGGGCGGAGUCAGAGGUGGAGGUCCGCAACGUGGUGGAGCUCAUUAAGAGCCAAGGGAACUUCAAGAGCUUCAUCUCAAUCCACUCCUACUCCCAGCUGCUCAUGUACCCUUAUGGCUAUAAAUGUGCUGAUGCCGCGGACUCCGUUGAAUUGGACUCCGUGGCCCAGUCCGCGGCCCGGGCACUCAGCUCUGUGUACGGCACCAGCUACCGUGUCGGGAGCAUUUGUAAGAUCAUAUAUCAAGCUAGUGGGGGCAGCAUUGAUUGGUCAUACAACUAUGGCAUCAAAUACUCCUUUGCUUUCGAGCUACGCGACACGGGCCGCUACGGCUUUCUGCUGCCGGCCAAUCAGAUCGUCCCCACAGCCACAGAAACUUGGCAGGCUCUGAAGCAUAUCAUGGAGUAUGUUCGCACCCACUCUUUCUGAGGAUCUGAGCCGGGCUGUCCAGAAUCACCAACCUUCAGAUCCUGCUCCUCUUUCCUGUCUCAUGUCGACUGUCUUACAUCAACCAGAAAUGGACUGAUGUAAAAGACCUGAAAGGGAAUGUAACAUUUCUGAAGGUUACCAUUACAGGUCAUAUAAUAAAGCAAAUAAAAACCAG